AUGCUGAAUGGAGGUGCUGCGAACGGUCAGGCCAGCCCGGAACCUGCGCCCAUACAGGCGGCACGCCAGCUUCAACGGCGAGCCCAGACGAUCCUGGACCGCACCACGCCUCAUGUCCUCUACCGGUGGCUGGCAUGGGCUUUUGUGUGCGUCGUGUACGCCAUCAGGGUCUUCAAUCUAGAAGGGUUCUACAUUGUAUCGUAUGCGCUUGGCAUCUACAACUUGAAUCUGCUGCUGGGAUUCCUCACUCCCCAAGUGGAUCCCGAGCUGGAGGGCCCAACGCUCCCUUCCAAGUCUGACGAGGAGUUUAGGCCCUUUGUGCGCAAACUGCCGGAGUUCAAAGCCUGGUAUGCGAGCAUCCGGUCGCUGCUCCUGGGUUUUGCUGCCACCUUCUUCGCAGCGUUUGACAUCCCCGUCUUCUGGCCGAUCCUGGUGCUCUACUGGUUUGUGCUCUUCUUCGUCACCAUGAAGAAGCAGAUCCUGCACAUGGUCAAGUACCGGUAUCUGCCUUUCUCAUGGGGCAAGAAGACUUAUGGCUCAGGCAAGGCGCCACGAAAAGAAACUAAAUGA